UUUGAAUUUCAUUUAAUAAUGUAAAUUACUCUAAUAAACACUGCUUUAACGAAAUAUUUAAAAAAAAAUCUCAAAGGUGAAUUGGGAGGAGAAAGCAAAGAAGGGUGAGAAAGAGAAGAGCGUGAUGAAGAUGGAGAACCCGCUUCUGAAGCAGGGGGAGAUGUUCCAGUUCGACACGGAGAAGUACAAGGAGGCCGUGGUCACGCCGUGGUACAGGAACCAGGAUCAGCCGCAGUUCUUCCUGGUGGCGGAGAUAUGCUGGAACCUGAGCCCGGACUCGGCGUUUCCCUCUGCGAACCACGAGACAUUCCGGUCCUACUACAGGGCGAAGUACGGCGCCGAGCUGACGCAGACCAACCAGCCGUUACUGGACGUCGAUCACACUAGCGCUAGACUGAACUUACUAACACCCAGAUACGUAAACCGCAAGGGCGUGGCCCUGCCAGUAUCGUCUGAGCGCACACGUCGCGCCAAACGCGAUCGUCUCGAUCAGAAACAGAUCAUGGUGCCGGAGCUAUGUCGUGUUCAUCCCUUCGCCUCUCCGCUCUGGUUCGCCACCAUGGCACUGCCUUGCGUGCUCUACAGGAUAAACGCCCUGCUGAUCGCUGACGAGAUCCGUCGCGCGGUGGCUGUCGAGGUCGGACUUGGUAUCCCUCGGAUUGAUGACUCCACCUGCCCAGGGUUCGCGUGGCCGCCGCUCGACUUCGGAUGGAGCCUGGCUGAGGUUUUGAGCGCAGACUUAGAAAAACACGACAAAAAGAAAGAGAUAGAAGACAGUAAGAGCGAAGAAGUAGAAAAUGAGAAAGGUGAAAGUUCUGAUGAAAAAUUCGAUGUUAAUACUACAAAACCAUUUUAUGAAAGUCAAAUGAAAGAGAAUGAAGAAGGAAAGAAAAUUGAAAAUAAAGCUCUUGCAGUUGAUGAUAAAUUAACUAAUGUAAAUGUGAAAUUAGAAGCAGGAGAUAAUAAUGAGAUUGGAGAGAGAACUGGUGAAUCGACAGAAGAGAACAUUACAGAUUUCGAAGCUGAUGAAGAAUCGUCUAAAACAGGCCCUGACGAUGUCUAA